UUCUACAACUCAACCCUCAACUCUCAACCCUCUGUGUGUGUAUGAGAGAGAGAGAGAGAGAGAGAGAGAGAGUAGAAGUCUUACUUGUCUCUGAGUAAAUUGAAGCAGCUAGCUUAGCUAACAGCUAUGGUUUCUUUUCAAGCUCAUCCCCUUUCUCCAAACCAGAAGAAGGCAAUCACAGAGUCUGAGAAUUCAUCCAAGAAAAGAAAGUGGGAUGAUGAGCCAUAUGAUGGUCACGAUCAUGAUCAAGUCGAACAAAUUUUCGAAAAGCGUUGGAAACCACAAAACACAGCCAAAUCCUUGUUUGAUAUUGAGCUUCACCAAGAGACUCCAUUGCCUUUGGAGUGGCAAAGAUGCCUUGAUAUUCAGUCAGGGCAGAUACACUUUUACAAUACAAGAACACACAUGAAGACUUCUAGGGACCCAAGGAGGAGCCCUGAGCCCCCAAGUCCAGCUCCUCACAUGAGCUUAGACCUUGAGCUCAACUUGAGAUCCUGUGAGUCAAUGAUCAGGAAAGCCAAUAUUUCAGAUCACAACAGUGAAAACUCCAGGCCUAAUUCAGACAUUUCCCUUCACAAUUUCCAUGAUCUUUUCAUGGAACCCAGCAGACCAACAAAGAGCAAAAACCCAUCAAGGCUGGGGCUCCAAAUUGAUCAUCUUCAUCACCAAGAGAUGGUAGCCACUGUGUGCAUGAAGUGCCACAUGUUGGUUAUGCUGUGCAGGUCUUCACCUGCAUGCCCAAAUUGCAAGUACAUGCACCCACCUGAUCAAACCCCACCAACCCUUUUCAAGCCAAGGUGUAGUAGCUUCAUGUGUUAGUUGUAAGAUCAAAAUCAAGCUUAUUAAGUUUAUUUAAGAGAAGAUAUAUAAAUAUGUAACAGAGUUAAUUCUGUGUUCAAGACUUGUCUCCCUUGGAGGCUUUAAUAUGCUAAGAGAUACUGACCUUUUUAUAUAAUGUAAAUAUGCAUUAUGCUUA